AUCUCCGCUGUGCCGGGUAUCGAAAUGGUUCGUUUUGUAAAUUCAGGAACAGAAGCUUGCAUGGGAGCACUCCGCCUUGUGCGUGCAUUCACUGGGAGGGAAAGAUCCUCAAGUUUGAAGGCUGUUACCAUGGCCAUGCAGAUUCCUUCCUCGUUGAAGCAGGCAGUGGGGUUGCCACCCUCGGCCUCCCAGACUCCCCUGGAGUGCCUAAGGGAGCCACUGUUGGGACUCUAACAGCACCUUAUAAUGAUGUUGAGGCGGUUAAAAAGCUGUUUGAGGAUAACAAAGGGGAGAUUGCUGCAGUCUUCCUUGAGCCGGUUGUCGGCAAUGCUGGCUUCAUUCCUCCGCAGCCUGCUUUCCUAAAUGCUCUCCGUGAGGUGACCAAACAAGACGGUGCACUUCUGGUCUUUGAUGAAGUGAUGACUGGUUUCCGUUUAGCUUAUGGUGGGGCACAAGAGUACUUUGGAAUCACCCCUGACGUGACAACCUUGGGGAAAAUUAUUGGCGGUGGUCUUCCAGUUGGUGCUUAUGGUGGGCGUAAGGAUAUCAUGGAGAUGGUUGCUCCAGCAGGGCCAAUGUACCAGGCAAGAACCCUGAGUGGAAACCCUCUAGCUAUGACUGCUGGAAUCCACACUCUCAAGCGUCUGAUGGAGCCUGGCACGUAUGAAUACUUGGACAAGGUCACCGGUGAACUUGUCCGGCGGAUAUUGGAUGCGGGUGCUAAAACAGGGCAUGAGAUGUGUGGUGGACACAUCAGAGGCAUGUUUGGAUUCUUCUUCGCAGGUGGCCCAGUGCACAACUUUGAUGAUGCCAAGAAGAGUGACACCGCGAAGUUUGGGAGGUUCCACCGUGGGAUGCUGGAAGGAGUGUAUCUAGCACCGUCCCAGUUCGAGGCAGGUUUUACAAGCUUGGCACACACAACCCUAGACAUUGAGAAAACCGUGGAGGCUGCCGAGGAAGUUCUUCGACGGAUGUAGACAAUUCAGAUUGCAAACUUUUUGGAGCUUUUCCUUCUGUUGUACUCUGUAAGUUGUACGUGGCUGAAGUUUAGUUUUGUAUUGUAUUUUGUUGUGCAGCAGCAGAAGCAGCAGUAUAUUGUCUCUAGACCAUUUCUUUUCUUCUGAAUUAGCAUUUGGGGUGAUUUUGUCUUGGCAAUAAAA